AUGUUGAUGCAAGAUAUUAUAGCACCUGUACAAAACAUACAUUUUGAUCUUGACGAAAUAGUAUGUUCACAACAAGGUGCAUUACCACUUCCAUUUCCUAAUAUGGAUAAAGCUAAUGUAGGUGUAUGUGAAUUUUUUCUUCGUUCAAAUUGUUCAAAUCAACGUUGUCCAUUUCGUCAUAUACAUGGAGAUAAAACAGUUGUAUGUAAACAUUGGUUACGUGGUUUAUGUAAAAAAGGUGAUGAUUGUGAAUUUCUUCAUGAAUAUGAUAUGGCUAAAAUGCCUGAAUGUUAUUUUUUUUCAAAAUUUGGACAAUGUAUGAAUAAAGAAUGUGCAUUUCUUCAUCUUGAUCCUGAAUCAAAAAUACGUGAUUGUCCAUGGUAUGAUCGUGGCUUUUGUCGUCAUGGACCAAAUUGUAAAAAUCGUCAUACACGAAAAGUUCUUUGUCAAAAUUAUUUAUGUGGAUUUUGUCCUGAAGGACCACGUUGUACAUUAUCACAUCCAACAUUUGAUUUACCUAAUUCAAAUGAAUAUACACCUGCACAACGUAAAAUUGUUUUUGUUUGUGAUUUUUGUCAUGAAACAGGUCAUAAAGCUUCAUCAUGUUUUAAAUUACCAAUGGAAGAAAGACAAAAAUAUCUUAAUAUGCCAUCAAAUAUUAAUACUCAAUCACAACAAUAUAAUAGUCGAUCAAACUAUGGUCAAAAUCAAAAUUCACAUUCUAAUCAAGAUAAUGGAUUAUCACAACAGUCUGGAAAUUUACAUCCAAUGGAUGAACAACAUUCAACUGGAAUGGGAAUUUCACAACCAUUUCAACAUGAUGUGACUUGUUUUAAAUGUGGAGAACGAGGUCAUUAUGCGAAUAAAUGUACACGAUCACAUGUUCCUUAUAUACGCAAUCAGAAUAUUCAACGGCGAUAG